UUACCAUUCUUAUUCCCGCGUUCGUUUAGUGAACACCAUUUUAUCAUAUUUUCUCGAUAAAACAAGUGUUUUCAUUUGAGGAAAAAUUUUUUAAUAAAUACUCAACAUGAAUUUGAAAAUUGUGAUUUCGAGUUUAACUCUGCUGGUGGCUGUUUUCUUGCCGUUUGGAACGGCAUUAAAGUGUUACACUUGUGUACAUAAUGGGAAAUCUCCUGAAAACAACAAUUGUUUAACUAUGAAGAAUGUGGAGCCAACAAUAUGUACACAACAAGUUCUAAAGCAACGGGAUGAAAAUUCAGACACGACGAAAGAAAUUAGAAAUUCAUUCAGCCUUGAUAUGGUUGACAAUAUUCAAAGUACUGACUGGGCCUGCUUAAAAGUGGAUUAUCAUGGACUUAACGGAAUGAAUAACUACACAGUUCGAACAUGUCAGCCUACAAAUGCGGAAUAUUGUAAUGGAGUACAAAAUAAAUUGAAACAAUAUCGUAUUGAAUGUAAUCAGUGUACAACGGAUGCCUGCAAUGGAGCAUCAUCAGUCGUUGUUACAUUUCCAUUUCUUACAUUUUUCAUUAUCGCUCUUUAUUAUUUUAGAGCGUAAUUUUUCGCCAACUAGUCAGUAGGACUUGUAUUGAAUUCUUUCAUUCGUCCAUGGUUUUUUAAAGAUUCAGUUUCAUAAAGUUUAUCCUCAACGAGAAUACGAGCGCUACGAUCAUAUUUAUGCCUUAUUCUAACUUCUGUUUUUUUUUUUGUAAAAAAAAUCAAUUUUACUAUACCAUCAUUCAAUAGGUUCUAAAAGUUAAUUGAACAUUAAAAUAAAUAAUAGUAGGUCAAGGAGAAAAAAAUAUUGUAGAAAUUUCUAAAGAUAAGUUAAAAUUUUAGUGAUUUUAUCGACUGAUUUGAAAAAAAAAAUGGAUUUUUAAUAAUUUGAAAAGUGAUAAUAAUAAUUAAUUAGUUGACUUUGGAGCAGCCUUAAAAAAAAUGCUAGUCAAAUGGCGCACCGAUUAUUUUUGUAUUUGCUUACAUUGUUAUUAAUUUACUAAUUAGCACUAAUGCGCUCGUAAGAUUCUCUCUAUUGAUGGUAUAUAUUUUACAAUACCUGGAGCUACCAGUGCAAAGUAUUCAAGUUUACCUAAAAGAUCUUCAUUUCAUCUUCAGUGCAAUUAGGUACAUAACUUUGUAUUUCAAUAUUCGUUUAAAAUCAAAUUGAGUAAACUUUUAAGCUUUUAUUUUCUGGUAGCUCUUUAAGAAACGCAUCGAAUUGGCCAUUAUUUGGCGAUAUUUUUGAAUUUUGUAAUAAUAAUAAAGUCAAGCUCCAUUGGGCUUUACAUUAACGUAAUACGUGUACCUCAAUUAUAAAAUAUAAUAUUAAAAAAUGUAUAUUCGGUUAAAGAAAAGCCAAUGUGUUGUGCAAGAAUAAAUUUUGAAUUUAAAUUAGGAAAUUUUAGAUAAAAAUAAUUUUACUUUAUGCACGAAAUUCAUAUAGUAAUUAUAUAUAUAUAAAAUAUGUUUAAAUUAUAAAUUCAUAAAUGGUACGAUGAGAAAUUUUUGUUUCUUCUAGACUCUCAUCGCAUUCUUAAUUUGUUAGGUAGCAUAUAUAUAUAUAUAUUGAAAGGAUAAGGAAAUUAAGUUUAAUUGGCAUAGUAAAUUAAAACGUGUCUACCAAAAAGAUGAAGACAACUUUUCGAUCUAUUAAAAAACAUCGAGUAACACGCUAAAUAAUUAUAAGAAAUAAGUAUAUUUAUGCUGCACGACGAAAAUUAUGUUUUGAAUAUAAAUAAAGGAGUCUUGAUCUACUAAGA